GCCCGAGGCUCACACGUUGCCCUGGCGUUCAGUAGCAGGGUCUCAGAUUUCCCGGAUCACAGGCUUCCGUUUAUUCUCUUUUUCUUUUCGUGGCAGGUGUGUUCAUUGCCAUAAUGGCCCAGAGAGCCUUCCCGAAUCCCUUUGCAGACUAUGACAAAUCUUUGGCCACAGGAUACUUUGACUCUUCAGGGAGGCUGACUCUCGAGUUCACACAGCACCUGAACAAUAAGAUCAGGGAGCUUCUCCAGCAGAUGGAAAGGGGCCUGAAAUCUGCAGAUCCCCGGGAUUGCACUGGCUAUACUGGCUGGGCAGGCAUUGCUUUGCUAUAUUUGCAUCUGCAUGAUGUGUAUGGGGACCCAUCCUACCUUCAGAUGGCUCAGGAAUAUGUAAAGAAGAGCCUUAGUUGCCUGACAAAGAGAUCCAUCACCUUCUUAUGUGGGGAUGCAGGACCUUUAGCGGUGGCUGCUGUAGUAUACCACAAGCUGCAGAACAACAAGCAAGCGGAAGAUUGCAUCACUCGCUUGCUACAUCUGUCUAAACUAGAUGCCCGAGUCCCAGAUGAGAUGUUAUAUGGACGUAUGGGGUAUCUGUAUGCCUUGCUGUUUGUGAACAAACAUUUUGGAGAGGAAAAGAUCCCUCAAAGCCAUAUCCAACAGGUUUGCGAGGCAGUUGUGGCAUCUGGCGAGGACCUGGCCAAAAGGCGGAACUUCACAGUGAAGAGCCCCCUGAUGUACGAAUGGUACCAAGAGUACUUUGUGGGAGCCGCUCAUGGUCUGGCAGGGAUUUAUUACUAUCUCAUGCAGCCCAGCCUUGGUGUGAGUCAAGCCAAGCUGCACAACGUGGUCAGACCAAGCGUGGAUUACGUCUGCCAGCUUAAAUUCCCCUCUGGCAACUACCCCCCGUGCAUUGAAGACAAGCGGGACUUGCUUGUCCACUGGUGCCACGGUGCACCUGGUGUUAUCUACAUGCUCCUUCAGGCCUAUAAGGUGUUUGGGGAACAGAAGUACCUCAGUGACGCCUUGCAGUGUGCUGAGGUGAUCUGGCAGUGGGGGCUGCUGAAGAAAGGUUACGGGUUGUGCCAUGGUACAGCUGGCAAUGCAUAUGCUUUUUUGUCUCUCUACAACCUCACUCAAGACAUGAAAUAUCUCUACAGAGCUUGCAAGUUUGCAGAAUGGUGUUUGAGUUAUGGGCAGCAUGGGUGUCGGACACCGGACACUCCAUUUUCUCUCUUUGAAGGAUUCCAUGGGCAAUCGGGGCUACUUCAUACAUUUCCACUGUUGUGUAAUUCCUUCUAAAAGGUGUUAUGCUGCAGUGUGAUGCUUCCAUGUGUCUGCUGCUGCCAGCAAGGGGUUCAUACUAGGUUACAGCUGCAAGGUGAAGGCUUUACCCUGUGGAACAUAAUUAGGGGUGCACCCCUCUGUUGUGGUGUAUGGGGCAGCCUAGCCAAUUUCACAAAGGUAUGUUCGUUCGUUUUGUAAAAGAUAUGCAUAGGUAAACAAGAGUCUGAUACAUCUUCAAGUAUGCUGACUAUUUAAGGUUAACCCUUUGCUUCAUGACAGCUGUUAGAUCUCGCAUUCCCUUCUGCUACCCGUUUAAGAAUGCUCCCGCCUCACUUUUCCAGGAAACUGCAGGAGAUUCGGCAGGUUUGUGGUCUGUUGGUUGAGCAUUCUGUUCAUGUCUGAAGCGCUUACAGUCAACAGCUGCAUAUACAGGACAGUAACUGGCAGUGGCUUCCCAUACAUGGCAAGUCCUGAAUCCAUCAUCUGCUGCUUUUUUUAGACGAAAUGAAUAUAUACCAGAUUGUAGGACAGAUUCUUCUGGAGGCUGAUCUUGUCCACAACACUUUGGUUUCAUGCACAGGAGGACUAGAAAUGGCAUUGUGUAUUGAGCGCAGGUAGAACACACUGAAAGGAAAUGUCCUAAAUUUUUGCCACUGCUUACAAGCCUCCUGCUGCAGGGCUUUACCUAAAGUGACCAUUUUGGUUCAGGUAAAAGAACCCUUAACUGAGUCCCACAGUUAUGGGUGGCCAUUUGGACCUUAUUUGGAGGAGUGCAGGGAAGGCAGCUGUAAGAGAAGCUAUGCAAGGUCUACAAACUGGAUCAGGCUGCCCAACUUUUCUGCAGACAUUCCUCAUGGCUCAGGCAUGUGCAGCACAGGGUGCUAAUUCUGACUGGGCUAUGCUUGUCCAGGGGUGGUCUCCAUGGGGACAAUUUGUGGCAGUUUCUACCACAACUGUAACUGAUACCUUGCAGGGUUCCUCUUCAUCCAGAAAUUCACUUUGAGCCAGGCCCAUAAAGCCACUCCUUCAGCAUGUAGCAGCACCCUGGACCAGAACCAAACCAGUAUUUCAUACAAUGAUCUUUGGCCCUAAUUGGGUUAACUGAGUCAUCGGUCAUGUUUCCAGCAUUUGCCUUUAUUUCAUUUAUAGUCUCCAAAUUGCACUGUACAGAUCUUAUGUCAAUGGCAUUCAUUCCAAGCAGAACACCCUCAUUCUCUUCAAGAAGGCAUUUGGGAGCUGGAUUCAGCCUGCUUUCUUUCCCCAUAACCUGCUGAAUCACUGCAUGCAUGUACCUUCCCUGUAUACCUCCGGGCUUACUAAAACUCAAUCAAUGGAAACAACAAAUACUUCCAAGUAUAGGCAAUAUUAUUUCAGUCAUCGGGUCAGUCCCCAUACACCUGAGAUUGUGGGGUGAGUGCUUGCACAGCAAUAGUUUGCUGGCCAGGCAUGUGUUAACCCUGCCACAAACAUCUCUUUUGAGAAGUUAGGUAGUGGUGCUAGUCUCAAAGAGAAGAGGCAGCAGAGAAAGGUUUUGAGACUGGAAGAGCCUGUAUGACCUUAAUUGCUCCCCUUUUGAAAUGAAUAUAUAUACACUUAGCAAGUAAGGUGAUAGCUUUUAAUCGGCCCCAUUUGUAAAGAUACACAAUUACACAGCUUCUGUAUUGCACAGAACUCUAUGAAGCAGUCAGCUUCACAAAAGCUUCCAUUCCCUGGUUGAGAUGUCUUUGAUCCAUUACACAUGCUUUUCAUCUUGUUCUGGAAUAUCUGGUCACGUCACUAAUUGUGACAGAAGAUUGAUAGCUAAAGUUGUGAUGCUCUGCACCUUGGAGUAAGCCCCAUUGAACACAAUAGGAAUAGACAAAGGAUGACUCUAAAAAUUUAUUUUGGAUCUUUUACCUUACCUUAGCACAAAGCUCAGAGGGGUUUACAACACCAAAAACAAUACCCAUAAAAUAUACUCUGUCUUAUAAAUAUGUGUAUAUAUUGCAACACACAUUUU